UAUUGGAUAAGAGUAAGAGAGAGAGAGAGAGAAAGGAAACCGUAAGAAAGAGAAGGAGAAAAGAUUUUGACAGUUAGAGUUAGCUCCCUUAUAAGAAAUUACUAAUAUGGCGCUUCCUCCCAAACUUGAUACUUCGGCUGCUACUAAGGCCCAGCUUCAUCAGAACCAGCCGUAUGAUGAAUCUCUGGAGGUUCCUGAUGCUGAUGAUGUUCCUAGUACCUAUACUCCAACACCAAGAUCACAUAAUCCUCUUGGUCGGAUAUCAAACCCUGGCAUUGACCAGUCUGGGAGUCCCCACUUACUGGCCACCUCGACUGAAGAUGCCAAGAAGCUUCUUGGUAAAUCUUUAGGCAGAAGCAGUAAUUUAUCUGAUGAUGAUGAUGAUGGUUCUGAUCUGAGUGAUGAUGAUGAUGACGAUGAAGAAGUACAUAUUGAAGGAGCAUAUGAUCCAGCUGAUUAUGAUAAUCUCCAGGUGAGCUCGGAUAUUAAAGAUUUAUUUGAAUAUAUCUCAAGAUAUUCUUAUCAAGUGAUUGAAUUGGAACACAAACUGAAACCUUUUAUUCCUGACUUCAUUCCAUCAGUAGGGGACACUGAUGCAUUCAUUAAGAUACCAAGACCCGAUAUGAAACCUGACAUGGUUGGUCUGACUGUUUUAGAUGAGCCAUGUGCUGCACAGUCUGACCCAACAGUGCUUGAUCUACAACUGAGAACCAUUUCGAAACAGACUACUGCUAAACAAAUGGUUGUGAAAAGUCUAGAACAAGCUGAAAAAGACCCGAAGCAGAUUGAUAACUGGAUCCAGAAUAUUGAUAAAUUACAUCGAUCAAAGCCCCCACCCAAUGUACACUACACCAAGAAUAUGCCUCAAAUAGACAGCCUGAUGCAAGAAUGGCCAUCCGAGUUGGAAGAAUUACUUAAAGAAGUGUCAUUACCAAGUGCCAGCAUGGAUACCAGCUUGGCCGACUAUAUUCGAGCUAUUUGUUGUAUAUUAGACAUACCAGUGUAUCAGACCAGCCACAACAAUGAUAUGAUCCAAGCCCUCCAUGUUCUCUUUACUUUGUACAAUGAAUUCCAGAAUUCUCAACAUUUUCAGACAUUGGCCCAGGAAUACAAAAUGAAGAAAGAAGCCAAUCCCAAUGAACAGUUAGUCUUGGAUGGAGAUAAUGAAGCUCCAAAUGGCAAUUAAUCACCAAAGAAAGACAUGUAAUAGAUUUAUUAUUUUGCAAUAUUCAAGGAUGUUAAAUAGUAAACCAGAUUUUUAUCAACAUUACAGGGGCCCUACUACUAAAGAUAAGAAACCGGAGGAGAGUUUGAUAAAGUUUAAUGAUGACUGGCUACUGAAGUUGACCACAAACUGCUACAAAUUUAUUGAUGUAGAUUAUCACUAGUUUCUUUACAUGGUAUCCUUAUAAGCAACAGUUUACUCGCAUCAACAACAAUUUCACUUAAUCACCUUAAGUUUUCUCACAAGUUAAGAAGCCCCCAACUACCUUCCUGCCAUUUACAUAAAACUGUUUUGUUUUUACUUCCUUCCAUUUCUCUCUCAAUAAUUUAGAUCAGUUCUGCAAGCAAGAAUGAAACACUUUGCUUUCCUCUCAACUUAUUUUCUAAUUAGAAGCCUUUCUAAGCCACACUUUCAUCUCAACCCUACAUAAGUUCUCAUUUCACUACAUUUAUAGAAAUGAAUCCAUCCAUUUGUAUUUUUUUAACAUUAUUAUUUCAGUUGACUUUCCAUCUGAUCCAACCUCACUGAUAUUUAUGAAAUAAAUUAUUCUAGAACUUUCUGGAA